CUCUCUCUCUCUCUCCUAUGGACUGUUUCUCUUUACGGUCUAAUAAAAAUUACUGAUAAUGAAGUGAGCACCGCUUUAUUCUCUGCUUAAAUGCAUUGACAUAAUACCUAGAAAAGUAAAUAUAAUACAAAAUUGGCAAGGCAACAAUGUGCUUAUCAGAAAGUUGGAUCUUAUCGGGUUAAACCAUAAACAUAGAAGGACAGAGCAAGAAACUACUACAAAGAAAUAUUAUAAAGAGCGAAAAAUUAAAGACUGCCUCGACUGUGAGUAAGAGAAACCCAAAUUAGUUGACUCUCAAACGUUGAUGGUGAAAGACGGCGGGCGGUCUGUCCAUUUUAAAAUAAAUUAAAUAUUUUAAGCAAAUAAUUAAAAUUAACAUGAGUGCCACAUCUCUACGCCUGCUUAGUAAAACCAAACAAAACGCUCGGAUUGUGAUAAUUGGAGCAGGAUCAGCUGGCAUUGCAGCUGGCACGCGACUCCUGGAACAGGGCUUCAAGAAUGUACUGCUCCUGGAGGCCGAGGAUCGCAUUGGUGGCCGUAUCCACACCAUACCCUUCGGCGACAAUGUCGUCGAUUUGGGCGGCCAAUGGUGUCACGGCGAGAAGGGUAACGUGGUCUACGAAACCGUCAAGGAUUUGGAUCUCCUAGAGGCCACAGAAGAUCACUACGAGACCUUUAAGUGCGUGCGUUCCAACAAGGAAGUGCUGCCCGACCAUAUAGCGGAUCAGCUGAAGGAUAUAGCUUUCAAGUCCAUACCGGACAGGCAAACGGAGCUCCUGGACUUUACGGGCACUCUGGGUGAUUAUUGUAACCAGAAAUUCUGGAAGGAACUGGCCAAGCUGCCGCCCAUUGAUCUCACCAUUGCCAAGGAGUUUCUGGAAAUCUUUCACAAAUUCGAGGCCUCCGUAGAGGCGGCGGAUCACCUGUACGAGGUCUCCGCGAAAGGUCACCUGGAUUACUGGCUGUGCGAGGGUGAACUUUUGCUCAACUGGCGGGACAAGGGCUACAAGAGUUUCCUGCGAUUGCUCAUGAAGGCUAGAGAGGAUCAUCCCGAGGAUCUGGGUGUCCUCAAGGGACGUGUGCUGCUCAACAGAAGAGUUUCCCAGAUUAAUUGGUUGGCAGAAGAUGAGGUAAUCAUCAGCUGCUGCAAUGGGCAGGUCAUCACGGCAGAUCAUGUCAUCUGCACCGUCUCCCUGGGAGUUCUCAAGGAGCAGCAUAAGCAGCUCUUUAUGCCAGGUCUUCCCUUGGCCAAAGUGCGAGCGAUAGAAGGACUCAAACUCGGCACCGUGGACAAGUUUUUUCUGGAGUUUGAACAUCCACCGCUGCCCAGUGACUGGCCAGCCUUCAACUGUCUCUGGCUGAGGGAGGAUCUGGAUGAACUCCGCGCCUCCGAACUCUUUUGGCUGGAGAGUGUCUUUGGCUUCUAUCCCGUGUCCAAGCAGCCAAGGAUCCUGCAGGGCUGGAUAAUCGGACCGCAUGCCCGGCACAUGGAAACGCUCACGGAGGAGAAAGUGCUGGAGGGUUUGCUCUGGCUCUUCCGCAAGUUCCUGCCCUUCGAGAUGCCGCAUCCCAAGCGGAUGCUGAGGACUCAAUGGCAUGCGAAUCAAAACUUCCGGGGCAGCUACACCUUCCGGUCCACGUACACGGACGAGCUGCGAACGGGAGCGUGGGACUUGGAGGCCCCACUGCUGGAUGUGGGCGGCAGGCCGAGACUCCAGUUCGCGGGCGAGUCUUCCCACAAGCACUAUUAUUCCACAGUUCACGGUGCCGUGGAGACGGGUUUCCGCGAGGCCAAUAGACUGAAUACCUACUACAGGUCGCGGACAGCACAGCUGUGAGAAGGGAAGUGGGGUUGGGUCAUCCCCAGGAGGAGUUAUCCUUGAGUGAAUCCCUAAAAUCGAGCAAAGAAGCUGGAGAACCUAUGAUUUAUUUUGCUUAAGAUGAGAUUUUACAAUCACUUACAACUUGGACAGGUAUUAAAGUAAAAAUGGAUUGAAAAAAA